AUGAGCACAUACUUUCCAGAAUAAAUCUUCAAUCAUGUCUGGGGGGGAAGAGGAGCAGCCCCCCAAUAUAAAUCCAGAGGGAGCAAAUGAGGAGGAGCAGCCCCCCAAGACAAAUCCAGAGGGAGCAAAUGAGGGGGAGCAGGCCCCCAAUAUAAGUCCAGAGGGAGAAAAUGUGGAGCAGUCGGCCAAUGUAAGUCCAGAGGGAGAAAUUGUGGAGCAGUCAGCCAAUAUAAGUCCAGAGGGAGAAAAUGUGGAGCAGUCGGCCAAUGUAAGUCCAGAAAGAGCAAGUGAUGAGCUACAGAGCUCUGUUUUAAGUCCAGAGGGAGCAUUUGAAAUCUCUCCAGCGAUUUCUGAAAAUGCCAUAAUGGAAUUAUUAGAAAAUCUUGAUGCAAUUGAAGAUUUACCAAGUCCAGUUGACGGAAAUCAGAGUGAAUCUAGUCCUGAUGACACUAUACCUAAAAAAACAUCCCCAGAAGAUCUGGAAGCAGAUUUGAAACCAGAUGCAGGUAUUUCAUCCACCAGCAUUUCCGCUGAUGAAAAGCCAUGUGCAUCCAAGGAGAGUCUCAUGAAACAAAUCAUGGAAAGCUCUGUAGAGGUUUCUGAAAAGGUUAUUUCAUGUUCGACAGAGAAACUGCAAACGCUUAAAAAGCUAGAAGGAAUUUUGACGCCUGACACGAUUAAUGCUGAACUUCUUGCUUAUCUGUAUGCUGAAGGAUUAAGUGAAAUCCCUUCAUCUUUUUUUGAAGGGCGAGCUAGGAAAAGUUUAUUACAAUCUUUUGAGAAUGCUGCGAUACCUGAAAUGGCAUCAGCAGAGAAGCUGUCUGAAAUGAUUGAUGAAGGCUCCGUUCAGCUAAAUGCUAAAGGGAUGCUUGAAAUUCCUUCAGGGAUUUUUGACAUUCAAAUAUUAAAGUAUUUGCAUUUAAACAGUAAUGAAAUCAAAACCAUACCAAGAGACAUAAGAUUGUUGACAAACCUGGAAAUAUUAUCCAUAGAAAGAAAUCAGUUAACGUCUUUACCUACUGAAAUUUCCCUACUUCAAAGUCUAAGAACUUUAAACCUCAGUCAUAAUCAAAUAUCAAACCUUCCCGAUGGAAUUUCGAAACUUUCAAAACUUAAGUGCCUUUUAAUGAGAUAUAACAACAUUGAAACGUUUCCUUCUGCUUUGGAAAAACUAGAAAAACUAGAAAUUUUGGAUCUUAGUGGAAAUAAACUAACUAUUCCAGACACCAUGACUACCAUGAAAAGCUUGCGUAUGCUCUACUUAAAUUCCAAUAAAAUGUCUAUAUUCCCAAAGGCUCUCUGUUACCUUCCAAAUCUAAAUAAACUCAGUUUGUCAGAUAAUCAGAUCCAGAGUUUACCAAAAGAAAUUAAAGAACUCAAAAAUUUAGAAGAACUUUUGCUAAAUAACAACAAGCUUAUAUUUUUACCUGUACAGCUCUUUCAACUUAUAAAUAUAGAAAAACUGAGACUGGAUGAUAACCAGUUGGAAAGUCUAUCUGAUAAAGUAGAGAAUUUACAAAAGCUUCGGGAUCUCAGUCUUGCAAAAAAUUUCUUCCAAAAUAUUACAGAAAAUAUUUGCAGGUGUACUAUGCUGGAAUAUCUGAACCUAAGUGACAACCAGCUUAAAAUCUUUCCUCCCAAUCUGUACAAAUUAAAAUUUCUGAGAGAACUCUACAUAAGCAGAAACAAACUGAUCUCCUUAGACGAACAAAUAGCAUACUUUAAAGACCUUUCAGUUUUAGAGAUAUCAGGAAAUGCUUUAAUGUACAUCCCUGUUGAAAUAAAGGGUUGUACAGAACUUACUAGAAUUGAUUUGAGUUGCAACAAGCUGUCCUUGUUUCCAGUUGGACUGUGUGCACUAACUGCUCUGAAACACCUAAAUAUCAGCCAAAAUUAUAUUUCAGAAAUAACAACUGAAAUUUCAUUAAUUAAAAACCUACAGCAUUUAAAUUUUAGUAAGAACAAACUGCCCUCAUUUUACAUAUACUUGUGCACUCUUGCCAAAUUAAGCUACUUGGACCUAAGUAACAAUCAAAUAAGUAGUGUUCCAAUAAAUGUUCAAAAAAUGAGGUCUCUUCGGGUUCUGCUGUUACACCAUAACAGAUUCGUUUUGUUUCCCAGGGAGUUAUGCGUGCUAAAUUGGCUUAAGGUACUUGAUCUUUCAGAAAAUAAGAUACAGCUCAUUCCUUCAGAUAUUAAUCAACUGCAAGAACUAAAAGACUUAAAUCUGUCAAACAACCAGUUUGCAUCAUUUCCAAAUGAAAUUUGUCAGCUUUCAUUGCUGCAGAAAUUAACAUUGUGCCAAAAAAGUGGAUUGAAGUUAAAAUCACUUUCAGAAGAACUAUCAAAGCUGACCAACCUAAAGGUGCUUGAUGUAUCUCAUAACGAAUUAGAAGAAAUGCCAGAAGGUUUAGGGGAAAUAAAAAGUUUGGUUACUUUAAUUGCGAAUAACAACUGCUUAAAAAAGCUUCCACUGAACUUUUCAACACUCCAUAACUUACAAUGCCUGAAUCUCAAAGAAAAUAAUAUGCUACAUUUGCCUAGCAAUCUGCACCUUCUUCUGGAACUGAAGGAUAUAAAUUUUGAUGAAAAUAUUCUGAUUAGACCUCCGCUGGAAGUCUGUAAAGCCAAGCAAAUGCUCCCCAUAACACGAUACUUAGAAAGUGCUGAUGAAAGAGAUGAAAAAAUCUUGGAGAAAGUUCUGAAGACCAUUGCUAGCAAUAUCGCCUUUGAACAUUUUGAAUUUUUUUGUCAAAAACUCCAGCUUAACAGUAUUGAAAUCAAAACAAUAGAAACUGACAGGACUCUUUUGUUGGAAGAAAAAGUUACUAAGGCAUUGAACCACUGGAAAAAUGCAAAUCAAAACCUGACUGCGGCUGCUAUGACAGACCAGUUGAUCAGAAUACUAACUAUGGCUGGCCUGUAUUACCUGACCAACAAAGUGAAAUCUUUAAAACUCUGCUCAAGACUGGUAAAGUUCUAA